CAAGAUUUUCCUGUGUGGAUUUUCAAUGGGUCAUGAGGCACCAAAGAGAUGAAAUCAAAUGUGUAUUAAUGAGUUCAUGUAGUAUUGGGAACAAUCUCAAGUCAUUACAGACCAGUCACAUCCGUGAAGAGGGACAUGUGGGAAUUGGCAGAACAUGGAUGUGGCACACAUACUGCCUGUACAGUAUAUAGUUACUUUAAUGCUUUAAUGUGCAGAUUUUCCCCUUUUGUUUUCCUUUAAGUAGUGUUAAGGUUGUUAAAAUGUUAUUAUACAGUAUCAUAAAUACUCCAUCAGCUUGUUCCAAUUCUUCACUGAAGCUAUUUGAUGUUCAAAUGUCUGAACUAUUCCAUCAAACGGAAAUAUUCUAUAUGAUCUGUGCACCGUUUUAUACACACUUUUGCUAAAUUCUGCGUCAUAUAUUUCAGAUCUUUGGAAACUUUGGGACCUCCACUAGAAUAUAAAAUGUUCUUUACAAUGUUUGGCUGCACAACAUGAGUUUGUAUUGAGUACUUGGGCUGCUGCUUGUUGAGACGUUAUCUCAUUCAAUCGUUUGUCUGCUUCCUUGACGUUCCCGUCUGAUACAGUCUUUGGUAUUAGUGGUAUCAUUUAAUUAAUAGAUUAAACUGUUUUUCUGAAAACCGUCAUAGUCAUGGGGCUAAGCUGAGUCAUCGAUGAAAAAUUUCCUUGACGUUUGUCGAGUCUUUGCUAAUAUUUUGCUGAGCCGAGGUUUCUGCAGAUCUUUAGUAAAGGUCGAGUGUGUCGGUCACCGGAGACACAACUGAUACUAAAAAAAAGAAAGGGUUGGGCGGAGAGCCAGAGAGAUUGGAGGAAAUUAUGGGAUCAAGGGGCUUGGCUUGUUAAUCAUUGAAUUUUGUACAGUGGGACAACACAAGACUAUCAGGAGGGAAGAAACAGACUCUGUAUUUCAGUAGCUGCACUUAAAUGUCUUUUCCUUUGUUAUUUUACUAACAAACCAACUGGAAGGAGUUUUCAUGGUGGUUUGUGUUGCACAUCAAGAUGUUUGUCGUUCAUCUUGUUGCCUCCUUCUUUUCCAAACUCCAGGAGGAUCCCACAAAGAAGGUGGACAGGUUUCUGUCCGCCAUGCAUCUCCAUGAUGACCAGUUAAGUGACAUCGCAGCUCGUUUCCAGGCUGAACUGAAGAAGGGGCUUUCAGUGGAAAGCAACGCCGCAGCAGCGGUGAAGAUGCUGCCAACACACGUCCGCUCCACUCCUGAUGGAUCAGAGACAGGACAGUUUCUGGCGUUGGAUUUCGGAGGCUCCAGGUUUAAGGUGCUCCAAGUUAAAGUGAGAGAGGGCAUGGGUAUUAGGAGGGGAGGAGUGGAGCUGGUGGAGAAGACCUACCCCAUACCCAAGGAGCUACACAUUGGGAGAGGAACAGAGCUAUUUGACCAUGUGUCAGAGUCUCUGAAGGACUUCAUGCAUGAGAAGAACAUCAGUUUGGAGAAGAAACAUCCUCUAGCCUUCACUUUCUCUUUCCCCUGUGAACAAGCCACCUUAAAUCAGGGAGUAUUGUUAAACUGGAGUAAGAACUUUCGGGCUCGAGGCCUUCAGGGUAAAGAUGUGGUCCAGGCCCUCAGAGGGGCUAUCAACAAAACUGGGGGUAUGGAUGUAGAGGUAUUAGCCAUGGUUAAUGACACCGUAGCAACUAUGAUGACCUGCGGUUUUGAUGACCAGUACUGUGAAGUCGGACUCAUCAUUGGUACUGGCACUAAUGCGUGCUACAUGGAGGAGCUGCGUAACGUUGACCUGGUGGAGGGAGACGAGGGCCGGAUGUGUGUGAACACCGAGUGGGGAGCCUUCGGAGACGACGGGGCUCUGAAGGAUUACAUCACUGAGUUUGACAGGGAUGUGGACGCGGCCUCCAACAACCCUGGAAAACAAAUCCUAGAGAAGAUGGUCAGUGGGAUGUAUCUGGGUGAGUUAGUGAGGCUGGUGGUAUUAAAGAUGGCUAAACUCGGACUGCUGUUUGAGGGACAUGUGUCUGAUGCCCUGAGGACUAAAGGGACAAUAACCACCGAACAUGUAGCAGCCAUGGAGGAGUACAAAAAUGGUCUGAACAACACCAGAAACCUUCUCAUUGGUCUUGAUCUGACCCCAACAUCUGAUGACUGUGUUGCUGUUCAACAUGUCAGCACUAUAGUGUCCUUCAGGUCCUCAAAUCUGGUGGCUGCAGGACUGGCUGCCAUCUUGACUCGAAUUAAGCAAAACCGGAAUUUGAGGACAUUAAGGAUCACUGUAGGUGUGGAUGGAACUGUGUACAAGAUGCAUCCACAGUAUCCUAAACGUCUCCAAAAAGUAGUGCGGCGGCUGCUCCCUGAGUGCCAUGUCAGGUUUGUCCUCUCAGACAGCGGCAGCAGCAAAGGAGCUGCUUUGGUUUCAGCAGUCGCCCAACGAUUGGCAUUACGAAGGCGACAGGUGGAUGAGACGCUGUCACCCUUCAGACUGAGCCAAGAGCAGCUCCAGUUGGUGAAGACCAGGAUGAGGACGGGGCUUGAAGCAGGGCUGAAGGGCAAAGGCCCCUCUGCUAUCAAGAUGCUGCCUUCUUUUGUUUACCGAACACCUGAUGGCACAGAGUAUGGACAGUACCUUGCCUUGGAUCUGGGAGGAACAAACUUCAGAGUGUUGCUGGUGAAUUUUAAACAAGGUCUGCAACAGAACCCACAACUUUACCACAAGAUCUACACCAUACCACUGGAGAUAAUGCAGGGAAGUGGAGAGGAGUUGUUUGAUCAUAUAGCGGAGUGUGUGAGUGACUUCCUGGACUACAUGGGGAUGAAGAAUGCUCGUCUUCCUGCAGGAUUCACCUUCUCUUUCCCCUGCGAGAAGACAUCUAUUGACACGGGCACCUUGUUGAGCUGGACCAAAUGUUUUAAAGCCACAGACUGUGAAGGACAUGAUGUUGUCAGCAUGCUGAGGGAAGCCAUCAAGAGACGCAACGAGUUUGACUUGGACAUAGCAGCAGUAGUCAAUGACACAGUGGCGACCAUGAUGAGCUGUGCCUAUGAAGACCCUCAGUGUGAGAUUGGACUGAUUGCUGGAACUGGCACUAAUGUUUGUUACAUGGAGGAGCUGAAGAACAUUGAGAAGAUUGAACAAAAGACAGGAAAUAAGGAAAGAGCAGAGGGGACAGCUGAAGGAGAGGAGGAUAAGCAGGAUGAUGGGAGAGAAAGAGAGAGAAAGGAGGGGCAUGCUGAGAUACCACAGAUGUGUAUAAACACAGAGUGGGGGGGUCUGGGUGACGAUGGCUCUCUGGAUGACAUCAUCACACCUUACGACAUUGAGGUCGACCAAAACUCACUGAACCCUGGAAAACAAAGGUUUGAAAAGCUGACGAGUGGGAUGUAUUUAGGAGAAGUUGUUCGUCAGGUAUUAUUGGAUUUAACCAGAGGAAGUUUGCUCUUUAGAGGACACGUCACUGAAGCUUUAAAAACACCUGGAAUAUUCCAAACCAAAUACCUGUCACACAUAGAGAGUGACCGCCUGGCUCUGCUGCAGGUCAGAUGUAUUCUCCAACAGCUGGGGCUCGACAGCACCUGUGAUGACAGCAUUAUUGUCAAAGAGGUAUGUGGGGCAGUGUCAUGUCGUGCAGCUCAGUUGUGUGGGGCAGGAAUGGCGGCUGUGGUCGAUAAGAUCAGAGAGAACCGAGGACUGGACCAUCUGAACAUCACUGUAGGGGUGGACGGGACACUCUACAAAUUACAUCCACAUUUCUCCAACAUCCUCCAAGAGACUGCCAGAAUUUUGGCUCCUCAGUGUAACGUGACCUUCCUGCCAUCAGAAGGAGGCGGCGGCGGGAAGGGUGCCGCCCUUAUUACAGCUGUGGCCAGACAGAAGCUGGAGAUGUAACUUCACACAGGUUUUUUUCCUCAUAAUUUGGGUUGCCAAAUUCCCCCAGUAAUGCUGUUGUUGUCGCUGCUUGUUGUCUGAUGGACUGGGAGAGCUGCAGACCGGCAUCAUUCGUCGCCUCAGAUACGAAUGGAUUCGCCAACAGCUUCUUUUCACUUCACAGCAAGGAGCCUCACCUGAAGGGCAUAAAACAUGCAGAGGUUUUUACUGCAUGAUCCCCCACAGGCUUCCCACCCAUGGACACAGCCAUUUGUGCUGCACUGUGCUGCCAAAUGGAAAAAAUGGAAAGUAUUGCUGCCAUCGAUUCAAAUGUGGUUCUUUAUAUUUAAAGAGCUGGAUUACAAUAAACAGAUUUUUACAAAAUCACAACAAAGCUUGUCAACCAGAAAAGUUUUCUGGUUGACAAAUACCUCGAAAAGCCUUUGUUUUAUUGUGGGCUCUGUAUUAGCGAUGGACCAUAUCUAAAUUUCAAAACAAAUGUGUGACUGGCCCAAAAGUAUUUUAAAUAUAUUUUAAAUAUUUGGUUCUUGAGCCAUUUUUGGUAUUUGAGAGCUUCAAGUCAAAGCCCUCUAUUUUCCAAUAAUCACCAAGUCAGCUGUGGGAAAAGUGCCACACCCACAGCUGCAGGGUCACAUGCCCGUGUUAGCCGUGCACUGAUUAGACUCUCUUCCUUUGAUACCAGGGCUGAGUACUUCGUUUUAGAAAAGAACAAAUGCUCAUUUAAAAAAUGACACCCUGCUAACUACUCAAGGUUAGCACUUUAUCUGAGAUAAAACAAAAGGAUUUAUACAGCUGUCAUAACGUUCACCUUGGUAACUGCAAUAUAAGAAUGAUAAUAAGCUUCAGUUGUCAAAAUGUGAUCUACAUUUGGUGUGAUUUUCUGAAGAACUGAACAGUCUCUUGUGUGACACACACACACACACACACACACACCCCUAAUCUGCUCUGUUUGAAGUCUUUCUAUUUCAUUUUUAAACUGCAGUAAUUUGGUUACUUCUUCAGUUCUUUAAACCACAUGAUUCUUUCACACUAACCUAAUAAAUUAUUGCUUUAUAUUAAAUGUCAAUCUAUUUAGAAAUUGUGGUGUAUGUUGUACAAAAGAGAGACAAAGAGAGAGAGAGAGUGUGUGUGUUUCUGUGUUAGUCAGCACUAUUUCAGUAUUGAUGAAGAGCGGAAGGAGGAUUGGAAUGCCGCUGACCACAUUUCCCAAAAAUAUCAAAACAACCAGCGCUCUGUUCGGUCAUUCUGGACUGACUCUCUGUCCUUGUGAUCUCCUGUCUGUCUCUCUGUCUGUCUGUGCAUCGGUGCCAUUUUGGCCAUACUGUCUGCCUGCUUUAUCUGUCUAACUGGAUCCUUGCCCAUUCGUGUGGGUCUUUAUUUGGUCUGUCUGCAUGGUAUAUGCUGAAAUAGCAGUACAGACAUGUACAUGGAGAAAUAGAGACCAUAAUGUUUUAGAAAAGUGAUGUAACAAUUUAACUGAAGAUGUGUUUUAGUAUCGCUGAUUAACCUUCAGUCUAAGGACCUGAAUAAUGAGGUCAGGCCUAUAGUAUUUCUUUGUGAAUGUAAUGGUUAGACUAGUAGGCUGUUUUGUAUACUGUAUGUUGCAUUAUAAACUCCAACUACAGAUUUGACAAUACUGGAUUACUGGAUUCAAUUCAAUACAAUGAUCAGUGCAAUGAUUAGUGUAUUUAUGAUAAUCCAUUCAUGACAUCUUAGAUGAUGUGCUGAAAAUGAAGGCAGGAAGAAAGCAGCACAGUACAAGGAACACAGAAGAGAAUGCAAAGCAAAACCAAAGCAUCACAAAAGAAUCAAUGAAGGAAGGAAACAAAUUAAAGUGAUUAUGGAAAGGAGGAAGGAAAUGUAUUGAGAAAGACUGUGUGUUAACAGGAGUGAAACAGAAGCUAAUCUAUCAGGGAUUAACGUGUUACAAUGCUACCAGUUGAGGGCUACGACACACACACACACACACA